AUGUGGAAUGAUAUAGAUCAAAUAAAAGCGAAGAUAGACGAAGUGUUCGAUGCAGUACUCAAUUCGAACGCAUCAAAAAUAGAUGAAUUCCUGCUUGUCACCUUUAAUGAUCCAGAUGCAAAAGUCUACAAAGCAACACGAGAUCGUAAAGAAUUCAAAAAGGCACUUUCUGAUAUAACUGUAGACGGCGGAGGAGAUUGUCCUGAGUACUCAAUGAAAGGAAUCCAACUUGCUUUAGAACAUAGUAAACCUAAUUCAUUGUUUUAUGUUUUCACGGACGCAGCUGCAAAGGAUUAUAAGGAGUACGAAAAAAUAAAGAGCUUAGGGCUCAAGAAGUCUAUUCAGGUAACCUUUUUACUGACCGGAGAAUGUGAUGACAUUCCAAAAGAGGCAUCUACUGUUUAUGAUAAUUUAGCUGAAACUACUUCAGGACAGGUUUUCCACAUAGAUAAAGAGGAUGUGAGCAAAUUUUCUAUAGACAGCAAGCUAUGGGAUAUAAUGAUUUCUGUAUCAUCUGAAUUAGCAACAUUUUACUUUACUGGUCCUGAUGGGAAAUUAGUAGAUGUUAAAGAUUUCAUCAGUACAGAGAAAUCCAGUAUAUUAAAAUUGGAUGUUAAACCAGGGAUAUACAAGAUGGUUCUGGAUGAUUUUGGCCAAACCUCAGUGGUUAUAACUGGGUCCACAUCUGUUUCUUUUCAACAUGGUUUUUCUACUGUCAUGCCUAGCACAUUGAACGAAACGUCUACUAAACCUAUCAAAGAUACACCAUCUUAUUUAGCUAUAGAAUUGGACAAUGUUGACAAAGAUGUUAUAUUAGACACAGUAGAAAUUAGAGACAUUGAUGAUGAUAUCUUAAGUGCUUAUCCAUUACAACUGCUAAACAAACACAAUCAGUUCUACGUAACAAAACCAAUUCUAACACCUCAUUCUACCUUCAAAAUCGCAAUAAAUGGUCACACAAACACUAAAGAGAAAAUAACUAGAAUGGCACCAACGGCUAUUGAACAUCAAAAACCUGAUUUAGAAGGACCAAACCGAACACCACCGAUGGUCAUAAUUUUAGAAGGAGGUUCUACAACUGUUGAUUACGAUUCAAAUUUAUCCCUGAAAUGCAAAGUGCACGGUUUCCCUAAAUCACACAUUGUUUGGAUAGAUGACUCAUUAACGAUUUGGCCAUCAAAAGUAGUCCCCGUGGAUCUUCCAUAUAUAUAUAUGAGUAUUCUUGAUAUAGAUAAAAUAAAUAAAAAUAUAACUUUAUAUUGUAUAGCGAAAAAUGAAAUCGGUGAAGAUAAAAAAACUAUUUUAGUGGAAACUAAAAAAAAAUAUUUCCUUGACAUUCUCGAAAGCCCCGAAGAUUUGGUCAUUGAGUAUGGAAGUUCGAGUGUUCUUAAUUUCAAAGUGAAAUCAUAUCCACCAGCAACAAUAAAGUGGUUUAAAGAAACGAAAGAACUUUUUAAUGACGGUGAUUACGAAAUAUCUUCCGAUGGUUCCACUCUAAAAAUUAAAUACAUGUUUCAAACUUUAAGUGGACUUUAUUCAGCGAAGGCUAUGAAUGAAGAAGAAAAUAAGAUAAUUCAUUUUAAAAUUGAUAUGUCUGGAGAAGGACCAAACCGAACAGCACCGGUGGUCAUAAUUUUAGAAGGAGGUUCUACAACUGUUGAUUACGAUUCAAAUUUAUCCCUGAAAUGCAAAGUGCACGGUUUCCCUAAAUCAAACAUUGUUUGGAAAGAUGACUCAGGAAGGAUUUGGCCAUCAAAAGUAGUCCCCGCGGAUCUUCCAUAUGAAUAUAUGAGUAUUCUUGAUAUACAUAAAAUGAAUAAAAAUAUAACUUUAUAUUGUACAGCGAAAAAUGAAAUCGGUGAAGAUAAAAAAACUAUUUUAGUGGAAACUAAAAAAAAAUAUUUCCUUGACAUUCUCGAAAGCCCCAAAGAUUUGGUCAUUGAGUAUGGAAGUUCGAGUGUUCUUAAUUUCAAAGUGAAAUCAUAUCCACCAGCAACAAUAAAGUGGUUUAAAAAAACGAAAGAACUUUUUAAUGACGGUGAUUACGAAAUAUCUUCCGAUGGUUCCACACUAAAAAUUAAAUACAUGUAUCAAACUUUAAGUGGACUUUAUUCAGCGAAGGCUAUGAAUGAAGAAGAAAAUAAGAUAAUUCAUUUUAAAAUUGAUAUGUCUGGAGAAGGACCAAACCGAACAGCACCGGUGGCCAUAAUUUUAGAAGGAGGUUCUACAACUGUUGAUUACGAUUCAAAUUUAUCCCUGAAAUGCAAAGUGCACGGUUUCCCUAAAUCAAACAUUGUUUGGAAAGAUGACUCAGGAAGGAUUUGGCCAUCAAAACGAAAAAUGAAAUCGGUGAAGAUAAAAAAAACUAUUUUAGUGGAAACUAAAAAAAAAUAUUUCCUUGACAUUCUCGAAAGCCCCAAAGAUUUGGUCAUUGAGUAUGGAAGUUCGAGUGUUCUUAAUUUCAAAGUGAAAUCAUAUCCACCAGCAACAAUAAAGUGGUUUAAAAAAACGAAAGAACUUUUUAAUGACGGUGAUUACGAAAUAUCUUCCGAUGGUUCCACACUAAAAAUUAAAUACAUGUAUCAAACUUUAAGUGGACUUUAUUCAGCGAAGGCUAUGAAUGAAGAAGAAAAUAAGAUAAUUCAUUUCAAAAUUGAUAUGUCUGGAGAAAAGCCUGAAAUAAACAAGACUGUGAGUUCUUAUAACAUAGAGGAGGGAUCUAGUGUGAAUUUAACAUGCAGAAUGGUAAGAGGUAAACCAGAACCUGAAAUUUCCUGGGGUUUUCAAAAUGAAUCACCAGGUUUUGCAAAGCGUUUAGAUGUUGUUGGUGAUCUUUAUAUUGAUAAGGUUGGUCCAGAGAAUAUGGGAAUAUACACCUGCAAAGCUCGAAAUGAAUUUGGAAAUGAUUAUCAUUAUAUUGACUUGUUCGUUGGCUAUGUCCCAACAAUCAAGGAUGUUAAAACUGAGGUCUUAGUGCCGGAGGGUCAACAAGUUAUAUUAACUUGUAUAGUCGACGGCUCUCCUUACCCUUUCGUUCGUUGGUUACGUAAUGAUGUGGAAGUAACAAGAAAAGGAAAAUAUUCAUUCAAUUACAACGCACUAAGCCUUACGUUCGUGAUAGAUGAUACAGGCUCUAUGUCCGAUGAUAUAGAUCAAGUAAAAGCGAGGACAAACGAAGUGUUCGAUGCAGUACUCAAUUCGAACGCAUCAAAAAUAGAUGAAUUCCUGCUUGUCACCUUUAAUGAUCCAGAUGCAAAAGUCUACAAAGCUACACGAGAUCGUAAAGAAUUCAAAAAGGCACUUUAUGGUAUAACUGUAGACGGCGGAGGAGAUUGUCCUGAGUACUCAAUGAAAGGAAUCCAACUUGCUUUAGAGCAUAGUAAACCUAAUUCAUUGUUUUAUGUUUUCACGGACGCAGCUGCAAAGGAUUAUAAGGAGUACGAAAAAAUAAAGAGCUUAGCGCUCAAGAAGUCUAUUCAGGUAACCUUUUUACUGACCGGAGAAUGUGAUGACACUCCAAAAGAGGCAUUUACUGUUUAUGAUAAUUUAGCUGAAACUACUUCAGGACAAGUUUUCCACUUAGAUAAACAGGAUGUGAGCAAAUUUUCUAUAGACAGCAAGCUGUGGGAUGUAAUGAUUUCUGUAUCAGCUGACGCACCAAAAUAUCACAUAAAUGGUCCUGAUGGGGAAUUAGUAGAUGUUAAAGAUUUCAUCAGUACAGAGAAAUCCAGUAUAUCUAAAUUGGAUGUUAAACCAGGGUUAUACACGAUGGUCCUGGAUAACGUCGGCCAAACCUCAGUGGUUAUAACUGGGUCCACAUCUGUUUGUUUUCAACAUGGUUUUUCUACUGUCAUGCCUAGCACAUUGAACGAAACGUCUACUAAACCUAUCGAAGAUACAACAUCUUAUUUAGCUAUAGAAUUGGACAAUGUUGCCAGAGAUGUUAUAUUAGACACAGUAGAAAUUAGAGACAUUGAUGAUAAUAUCUUAAGUGCUUAUCCAUUAGAACUGCUAAACAAAGACAAUCAAUUCUACAUAACAAAACCAAUUCUAACACCUGAUUCUACCUUCAAAAUCGCAAUAAAUGGUCACACAAGCACUAAAGAGAAAAUAACUAGAAUUGCAACAACGGCUAUUGAACAUCAAAAACCUGAAUUAGAAGGACCAAACCGAAUACCACCAAUGGUCAUAAUUUUAGAAGGAGGUUCUACAGCUGUUGAAUACGAGUCUAAUUUAUCCCUGAAAUGCAAAGUGCACGGUUUUCCUAAAUCAGACAUUGUUUGGAAAGAUGACUCAGGAAAAAUUUGGCCAUCAAAAGUAAUCCCCGUGGACCUUCCAUAUGAAUAUAUGAGUAUUCUUGAUAUAGAUAAAAUAAAUAAAAAUAUAACUUUAUAUUGUACAGCGAAAAAUGAAAUCGGUGAAGAUAAAAAAUUUAUUGCAGUCGAAACUAAAAGAAAUUACUUCCUUGAAAUUCUCGAAAGCCCGAAAGAUUUGGUCAUUGAGUAUGGAAGUUCGAAUGUUCUUAAUUUCAAAGUGAAUGCAUAUCCACCAGCAACAAUAAAAUGGUUUAAAAAAACGAAAGAACUUUUUAAUGACGCUGAUUACGAAAUAUCUUCCGAUGGUUCCGCACUAAAAAUUAAACACAUGCAUCAAGGUUUAAGAGGAUUUUAUUCAGUGAAAGCUAUGAAUGAAGAAGAAAAAAAGAUAAUUCAUUUCAAAAUAGAUAUGUCUGGAGAAAAGCCUGAAAUAGACAAGACUGUGAGUUCUUAUAACAUAGAGAAGGGAUCUAGUCUGAAUUUAACAUGCAGAAUCGUAAGAGGUAAACCAGAACCUGAAAUUUUUUGGACUUUUCAAAAUGAAUCACCAGGUUUUGCAAAGCGUUUAGAUGUCAUUGGUGAUCUUUAUAUUGAUAAGGUUGGUCCAGAGAAUAUGGGAAUAUACACCUGCAAAGCUCGAAAUGAAUUUGGAAAAGAUAGUCAUGAUAUUGACUUGUUCGUUGGCUAUGUCCCAACAAUCAAGGAUGUUAAAACUGAGGUUUUAGUGCCGGAGGGUCAACAAGUUAUAUUAACUUGUAUAGUCGACGGCUCUCCUUACCCUUUCGUUCGUUGGUUACGUAAUGAUGUGGAAGUAACAAGAAAAGGAAAAUAUUCAUUCAAUGACAACACACUAAGUUUUACAGGUUCACUUGAGGAUAGCGGCGUAUACACCUGCGAAGCUUCAAAUAUUUUAGGACAGACACAAAAGGACUACGAUGUUCAAAUUUAUAUGCCAGUAAAAAUGCAGGUGCCGAAAGACACUACUUUAAAAUUAGAUGUUGGAAGUUCAACGACAUUACAAUGCCGUGCUGAUGGUUACCCAAAACCAAACAUGACAUGGACUUUUUACAGAAAAAAUUCUAACAGUCGCCCUAGGACAUUGAAAUUUGAAGAUACCGGCUCAUAUAACUUAGAACAUGUUCAAAUUGAAGAUGAAGGCUACUAUAGGUGCUCUGCGAGUAACGUCGGAGGGUUGAGUAGUGUUACCUACAAAGUUCUUGUCAGAGCUCCUGUAUCUAUUACGAAUCCAGAUGGAGUUGUUUAUAACGUUGUAAAGGGCGACUUGGCGCUUAGGAUACCCUGUAAUGCCAUUGGCAGCCCGAAACCUAAAAUAACAUGGAAAGCAAAUGGGGAACAAAUUGCUUCAGCAAGCCCAGCCCAGCCUGAAGUGGUAACGGAUACUGUAAUAUUAGAAAUAGGAAAUUCAACUGAUCUUGAAUGUGAUCUACCACAUAAAACUGGAGAUAUUGUUAACUGGUACAAGGAUGGGGAACUGAUAGCAAGAGAUAAAUUGUAUUUAAACCAAGUUUCAUUAAAAGAUGCGGGUGUAUACAGUUGUCGUGUUAGUACAUUUUUGUCAGCUCAUACUGCGCAUAAAAAGGUGACUGUAGGUUAUAAACCAAGAUUUCUAAGUGACGAAGAAACUAUUAUAGAAUAUUCGGAAGGCGACUUUUCUUAUAUGAACUGCGAGGCUGACGGCUAUCCGAAUCCAAGCACUCAAUGGACACGUAACGGUGAGCCCAUACCUACAAAUACGUCGUAUGUGGUUGUAGAAAUGAAACCUGAAGAUAUUGGAUACUACCAAUGUACAGUAAGAAAUGAGCUUGGAGCAAUUAGCCGCACUUUUAAAAUUAAUUCAGGAGAAUGCUUGCUGCGUACUAAGUAUGAUUUUAAUGAUCAACAGCCUUUACUUUUGACUCUAUCAAGAGACUGGCCAGAAUUUAAAACAUCAAAAGAACACGUCCAUAUACCAAUUUAUAAAGAUUUCCUUCUAACAUGUCCUGGCAGUUCUAUCAUUUACGAUGGACAAACAUUUGGUCAAAAUGUCAAAACGAAGUGUUCAAUAGAAAAAGACAAAAUAGAAAUAAGAAACAGAAUCAUUGAUUACGAUAAAUUAAAAUGUGCCGAAAAAAUUAAACCUCUAGCAAAGCGAACGGGUAUGAGCUGUUUUGAACAAUACAGAAAAAACACAGAAUUACUGCAAAUUGGUUUUACUUCACGAAGUAAGUUUCUGAAGGUAUACGAAGUUUGUUUAGAUUAUGAACAGAGGAUACCUGUCUUUGCAAAACAAAUUUUAAAUAAAGGCAUCGCCUUGAAUGCACCUUCCGGAGAUUAUGCAUUUGUUGAAAGUAAAUUUUUGCCGUUCCAUUUUGGGGAUAUGUAUGACUGUGAUUCUCAAUUAAGAUUUAUUUCAUCGUCAAUCGGCAAAUCAAUAAAAUCAGAUUUUAAGGAUCCUGAAUGCUGUUUUACAAAAAGACAUUUGAUCAAUCCUCGUGAUGUUCUGCCGGGACUAUCACAAGUGGCUGUAUAUAGCUAUUUAAAUGUAAUACCUCAUUGGAGUACCUGUGGAACUAAAAACUGGGAUGAACUUGAACUAAGAGUACGAUAUCUGGCAAAAUAUUCAUAUUACGAGCACACCGUUUUCACUGGAGCAUCAGAUCCGAUGAUGUUGCCAGGACAGACAAAAGAUGCUUAUGUGUCCUUAAGAGACAGACUGAACAGACGUCAACCAGUGCCAAUGUAUUUAUGGAAGAUAGUCCAAAACCCGGCAGAUAAUUCUUCCUUAGCAGUCAUACAACUAAAUAUUCCUAAUCUUACGUCAGCGGAAGCCUAUUCUUACAUGCCAUGUAACGAUAUAUGUUCCGAAGUCGACUGGUUACGAAACAACGAUUGGCAGGAUGUAAAUAAGGGCUUCACAUUCUGUUGCAGUAUUAGCGAUUUCAAUUCGCGUUUCGGCACACUUUUUGAAGGAUAUGAAAAAGUAUUCAAGAGUUUACCACCAUUAGUACCUGAAUUUUCUCUUAUCUAA